AUGAUCACCGACGGAAGCUUCAAGACGUGUCUGUUACAGCACUGCUUCGAUCUAGACGAAACCCUGUCCCUCCCCACCGACAUCCCCCGUCAGGUUGCGGAUUCCAUCUCCUUGAUCGACAGAUUGCCUACGGCUGCCGCUCCUCCGUCCGAUGGCGAUCCGUGUCCUAUUUGCCGGGAAGGAUUCCCGCCGGAAGAGAGCACCGGAGGCGGCAAAAGAGUGCCGUGUGGACACGUGUUUCAUGCGGCUUGCAUCUCCUCCUGGCUCUCUAACUCCAGUGGUUCAUGUCCUCUAUGCCGCCGCGGCAUCUCCGCCUGA